AUGGAGGCUACCCACAGCGAUGGCUCCUCCGAGAGCAUACCAGUCGACAUGCCAUCGGGCAAUUUUUGCGGUGCAGAGGCGGACAUUGAUCCGAACCAGGAUCGCAAGAAACGUCGGAAAGUGACAUCCCGUUGCACUGAGUAUACAGCACAGGAGAAUAGACCGAGUGGCAGCCACCACUGGCUGCGGCAACUCGAAGCUGCCGCAAGUGAAGGUGACACUGCACCUUCUCGCGACCCCGUGGACUCUUCGGAUCAAGAUCAGCAGAAUGAGGCGACACUCAAUGACAACCUCACCGUACCACCUGCAGAUACCCCUGCCGCAGCUAUCCUCCCCACGACUCAACCGCAACCAGUCUCAGAUGAGCCACCAGAAGAGACGCAAGAGGCGGACAAGCAGACUACACCCAAGAUGUUGAAAAUCACGAGCUCUGGCAAGCUGGGUCGAUCCCCCAGGCGAGGUCCGAAGCAGGCUACUCCUCCAAAACCACCACCAAGCAGAACCUCACGGCGCACCCGAAACCUGACCAUGAAGCAAGGCCGUAUUGCCCAGUCCUUGAAAGUGACUCUUUCUUACAACAGGUUAACGGAAGAUCCUAGAAUGUUAGGUGAGAAGAUUGAUGGCAUUCUGAGUCAACCGAUAGGCCAGCCAGCGGUCCCGGUCACCAGACGAGACAUCGAGCCAACAGAAGUAAUUAGACCUCCACCGAAGCCGCAAAAGUCCUUACAUCCCUUCUUCAUGGGCAAAGCCGCCAACAGGCAACAAUCUACGCAAGAUAUCGCGGCUGAAUCUGGCAAGCCUGCGGUAACCGGUGCCGAGCCUGUGAAGGACCUAAAGCCUGUCAAAGCGUGGAACGACUUGGGCUUUAGCGGCUCUAAAUCAUCCGUCACGAAAGACAACGGUACAUUAUCUCCCCUGUGGCCACCACUUGAGCUGCAGAGAGUUCCGCCGAAUGCACCCAUCACCAAAUCCCACCACGUAUCCGUUCUUACCGACGUGUCGGCCAAGCAGAAGCGGGACCUCGUCCGUGUCCCUAGCCAGGAGUCCGUGUUAGAUAUUUUCAGCACGAGAUUAAUAGCGAAUUUGGGUCUUUCAUCUGCUCUCUGCCUUCCGCAGCAACUGCACUUGAGUGGGGACCAACUGCUCAACAAAACCGACUCUGGCAAAGCUGGUCUAGGUGACCAAACAAGGCUCGAAGGAGUGCGACACCGCAUUCAAAAGGGACAAAGUGCCUUCGAUCGUGGAGAGGCAGCCGGUCCGCUGGAUUGGAUACAUGAAUAUGCCCCGAAGCGUGCCGAAGAUGUGCUACAGCAGAAUGCUGUAGUCCUGAAAGACUGGCUUGAGCAGCUCAAAGUUCACAACGUCCAGUCGAAACUUUCGGUCCGACAGCAGAAGAAGAAACCCACCCGCAAGAAGCGUGUCAAACGGCGCACCGAUGGUCUAGACGAUUUUCUUGUCCCGUCUGAUGAAGAGGACGAAGUUGCUGGGGCACCUGUCAAGAAUGCCAUCCUUAUAUGCGGGCCCCAUGGGUGCGGCAAGACAGCUUCCGUGUUUGCUGCUGCCCACCAGCUCGACUUCGAGGUAUUUGAGAUCCACCCGGGCAUGCGUCGCACAGCAAAGGAUAUUUUUGACAAGGUCGGUGAUAUGACGCACAAUCACCUGGUCCAGACAACGGCUUCAGCUCCACUCAGCAGAGCGUCAAGCGUUCUGAGUGACGUUGCCAAUCGUUCAGAUGAUCCAGACACAGUCGAUCCCAAGCAAAAGUCAUUGGGCGGCUUCUUCGGGGCAAAGACCUCAAAAUUGUCGAAUAUCGACCACAUAAACCCGGCUCCAGAGAAAGAACAGCAACAGAAACAGUCAUUGAUUCUUUUCGAGGAAGUGGACGUGCUCUUUGAGGAGGACAAAACGUUCUGGUCAGGAGUACAAUCGCUUAUCGCCACCUCAAAGCGGCCGAUCGUCCUCACUUGCAGCAAUCCAGACGCCGUCAAUCUGGAAGAAAUCAGUCUGCAGAUGACUUUGCACUAUGAAAACCCACAUAUCGAUGAAGUCGUCGAGCACUUGGCGUAUGUUGCAGCUGCAGAAGGUCACAUUAUUGCUCGUGAUGCACUCCGGGAGCUGUACUUGAGCAGGGGACAAGACCUCCGAGCCGCGCUCACUGAGCUCAACUUCUGGUGCCAAAUGACAGUGGGCUCGACAAUGGGCGGCUUGGACUGGAUGCACCAUGGCAGUUCAAAUAUCGAUACAGGAAGUACGUCCAGCUCGAGACGUAUCGUGUCCAGAGACACCUUCCAUACCGGCCUGCAUCUGGUGCCCGAGCAACAGCUCGAAACGGAGGACCUUCUGGCAUACGCGCAGGAUAGCCUAGGGCUCUCUGUCAUGGACUAUGAGACGCUUCGAACCAUACCUCCUCAAAUUCGACCUCAGCCGCCGGAGGCGCGGCUUGAAUCAUUACGGCAAACAGAUGUGGCAGCAGAUUUCAGGAGCUUCAUGGACCUUGCAGACGAUGGGCUCAACCCUUUACUAAGUUGCAGGUUAGCGAACACACUGCCAGCAAGACCAACGCAAAUCAGCCGCCAGAGUAUUGCCGAGUUCCUCCUUUACCGGCCGAAAGAGCAAUCUCUGCCCUAUGGUGCCUUUUUCGAGGCCUUUCAACCUAUUAUGGAGGACAACAGAACGUUCCCUCCUCCUACUGGACGAACUGCACCCUCUCUGGAUGGGGCGAUUUCGACCGUGGCUGUGGAAGUUGCCCCGUAUAUCCGUCAUAUAGUGCAACUUGACCAGCAGUUGGAAGGUCAGCGCAAUGAGAUAGACGCUGGCUCACAAGGUACGGGCAAACAGAGGAAUACUCGCGCUGCUCGGGCUGCUCUGAUGGGAGGCCAUGUUGCAAAUACCCGGGUGGAUAGGUGGUUCCCAAAGAGUUUAGACUUCGAGAUGGCGCUCGCCACUGGUGGGCGCUGGUCAGGUUUGAGAGACGACAUGGUGGCUCCUAGCCAAGUGCCAUCCAUGUCUCGGGAGUCCACAGGGACAACUCUUGCCAUGGAUGUUGAUUGA